AUGCAGGCUGUGGGCUGCCUCUUUGUAUGUAAACAGGAAAAAGUGAGGAGAGUCCUCUGCAAGUCCAGUGUGCAGAGAACCGUUCCAAGUAUUGUGUCUAAAGCAGUUCUGAAGAGCUAUGUGGUUCUGAGGAAGAAAUCCUCAUUUAGCAGUCUUGAUGCUGGGAACAUCAUACGUCUUCUGGCUCCUGACAUUGGAAUGUUCCUUACCAGCCUUGUAGUCACACGGAUUUGCAAGAAGAUGGUGAAACUCCACAACCGGAAAGCCCAGCUUCCUUCUGGAAUUCAAAAUCUGUCUGUCUGUGAUGAUGAAAAGAAGGACGAGGAGGAGGAAGAGGAAACGGAAUCUGAAGAAGACAGUGAAGAUGUGGACGGAGGGGUAGACAUCGUACUGAAGAAGAAGCACCGUGGAAGAAAUCCUGAUACCAGCCAAUCGGGUUUAUUCCAAAAAUUCACACUUUUCCUGGUAGGCUUGAAGAUCCUCUUUGGAGGGAUGCAAGAUACUGCUAGCAAAGUGGUAGUCGUUUUGCUGUUUGGUUUAGCAGGCAUAAUCCAGCCGUCCGUCAUGUCUGCAGUUUAUUUCUUCCUCUUCAUGGGCUUGUGUUCAUGGUGGUCUUGCCAUCGGCCCAUCAGCCCAGUCGUCUUUAACAGCUUGUGUGUGAUGGUCGCAAUAUUCAACGUGGGCCAUUUGGCUGUCCUGUAUCUGUACCAACUGCCAUAUAUUCAGGGCGUCAUUCCUGCUGAAGACCUUUAUGCCAGGAUCUUGGGCAUUGUUCCACUUAUUAAGGCUGACAACAGUGUACCCUGGAAACUUCAAGUUCACCCUCAACUAAGCUGGCCGAUGGCUUUGAAUCCUCUAGUGCUGCUUAUACUCUACUAUACCCUGGUCAUGAUGCUCCAGGAGUGGUCACUGCCUGCAAAGGGAAGCAAGGGAGAGACCACACAGCUGCAAUCUGAAGACUACGGUGAGGUGAAGGCAGAGACCGAGUUCUGGGUGACCACGCACGAAAGCAUCAAGGCACCUUACAUUCCUAGUGGAAGCUCUCAAGACAUCCCUCUCUUGCAGUGUCAAAGUAGGAGCAGCAGCUGUAAUCUAUACAUCUACACCAAUGCCGGGCACUGCAGUUCCUUGUCAGAGGUUUCAGCAGGCCCUGAAAAUGUGACAGAAACUGAUGAUGAACUUUGCAUUGACGAUGACCAGCCGAGCACUUGGUCAGCACUGGCACAUUUUCUUUUGAGUCAGAGCUAUGUCACUGCUUUGAUUGCCAUGAUGGUUUGGAGUAUCACUCAUACCAGCUGGCUGGCAUUUGUUCUGCUGAUUUGGGCUUGUAUUAUCUGGAUGGUGCGUGACCGUCGCACGUGUGCCCUGCGAAGCUCCCCCUUCCUGGUUGCCUAUGGAAAUGUCCUGGUUGCCCUCAAUUUCUUUGUAGGACUGAAUGUUUCUCAGAAGGAACUCUUUCCUGGAGUUCCCACUUCAUUGCUGGUUGAUUUGGAUCUGAAGCCUUAUUCAUUACCCUGUGUCCAUCUGGCAGCUAAGAUUUUGUACCUGUUUACUUUUUGGCUUUUGCUAAAGCAGCACAUGGUGCAAAGGCAAAAGGAGAAGCAACAGGAAGAAGAUACCCUUCAGGCUGUGACAGUAGAUGAACCUGAAACGGACAAACAGGGCAACCGGCUUUUGGAUUUCCUCGGUUCCAUGGUAAUGGAGAUGCUUGUAAAAUACUGGAUUUACUUCUGCUCAGUCAUGUUUUUUAUCGUCAGCUUCAAUGGCAAAGUAGCCCUGUACAAAAUUCUCUACAUUGUGCUUUUCCUUCUUUGGGUGGCUUUGUAUCAGGUUCAUUAUGAGAAAUGGCGGCUGAUCCUGAAGGGAUUUUGGCUCACCGUCGUCUCCUACUCAAUGAUGGUCCUCAUUGCUAUUUAUGCCUACCAGUUUGAAAUGAUUUCUGAGUUUUUCUUAAAGACCUUGAAAAUCCCAGAGGAGAGGUUAAAAGAUUUGGGUCUUGAGCAGUUCAGCACCAUAGAGCUCUUCGCAAGGAUUCUCCUUCCUGCUGCAUUUCUGCUCGCUUGCAUCCUUCAGUUGCAUUACUUCCAUCAAGAUUUUCUGAAGAUCACAGAUCUGGCUAAUAUUGUCGUUAACCCUGUUUCGACACCUGGCAGCGUUUUUGAUGUUUGUUCACAGGUGUCCUUGAUGAACUACCCUUUCUUUGUCCUCUGGGUAUUUGCACUUCCGCAUACCAAGCUCCGCCCACUUGCAUCUAAGAGCUGCGCAAUUUGGUCUUGCGUGAUGGUGGUCUGUAAAAUGCUAUACCAGCUGAAGUAUGUCAAGCCCCCGAAAUAUUCUUCAAACUGUGCCCAGGGUCUGGAACCAAACAUCACUUAUCAUUAUGUCAACAUGAAUGAAGUGUUAAAUAAAUCCUUGCUGUACGUUGCGCCAGUGGACCCCGCGUACUGGUUUGGAGGGUUAAUGAAAUGCCAUGACAAUGUUCUUCCUUGCCUAAAGGCUCACCUCACUAUCCUGGUGCUCUUGGCACUCGAAGCAACAGUAUACCGCCACCAGCUUUUCUACCGCACCGAGAACCAGCUGAUCCCGCCAGCCACAGGGCGCAUGUUUGAUAGUAUCACACGGCAGAAUUUGGAUGACGGACUUCUCAGCUGUAUCAAAUACUUUAUCAAUUACACUUUUUACAAAUUUGGACUAGAGACAUGCUUUGUGGCUGCCAUUAAUGUGAUUGGGCGGCGCAUGGACUUGUAUUCCCUGAUCCACGCAGGUUGGCUUAUUUACCUGUUGAACCGCCGCCGGAGGAAAGCAAUAGCUGAAGUCUGGUCCAAAUAUUGCUGCUUCCUUGCCAGCAUCUUGGCCUUUCAGUAUCUGCUUUGCAUUGGUAUCCCACCUGCUUUCUGCCAAGAUUAUCCAUGGAGAAUUUCUCAGUGGCCUCUGCAGUCAAAUCUGAUUAAAUGGCUAUACCUGCCUGAUUUUACCAAGAGACCUGAUGCUACUUUUCUUCUGAAUGACUUCCUGCUUCUUCUCUUUGCCUCCUGCCAAUGGCAGGUGUUUGAAGAUGAGAACAAGCCCAUUGUGAGGAUACUCGCUGGGGAUAACGUACAGAUCAGCCGAAUCCUAGACCCAGCUCGGCUCAGUGAAUACAGUCCAGUACCAAACUUUAUGUGCUGCAGGUCCUACUUGGAUUUACUGAAGGUGAUUGUGUUCAAAUACCUCUUCUGGUUUGUCCUGUGCUUGAUUUUUAUGACGGGGACGGCACGAGUCAACAUCUUCUGUGUGGGCUACCUUGGAUCAUGUUUCUACUUCAUGCUCUUUGGAAGAAACCUUCUGCUGAAACCAGUCAAACAUAUACUCCGACUGUGGGAUUAUCUGAUUGCCUACACGGCUUUGGUUAUAGCAACAAAGAACCUCUUAGCUAUUGGAUCAUGCACUUUCCUUAGCCAACUACAAAGCAACCAUUGUUGGUUAAUCCAUACGUUUGGCCUGUUCUGUACCAUACCAGGCUAUGAUAUAGGUAAGUCAGAAGAUGCCUCGUGCGACCUUCCCGAGAAAGAAGCGGGCAUCACCUGGGAUGCAAUUUGUUUUGCUUUCCUGCUGAUCCAGCGUAGAGUUUUUAUGAGCUACUACUACCUCUACGUUGUAGUUGAUCUCAAGGCUGCCAAGAUUUUGGCCUCCAGAGGAGCUGAGCUGAUCGAGGCAAAGGAGAAGAAAAUGGUGGCACGCAAGAUGGAGGAGGAUCAGAAAUCAAUGCACAUCAUGUACAGACAGCUGGAACUGAUCAAAGUAAGUCAGAAAAAGCAUAACAGCUCGAAGAAAUCAGUGCCCAGUUCAGAAGCUGAAGCUGUGCAGAAGUCUGAAAAAGAAAAGGGUCCAGAGGAUGCUGGCAAAAAAGAGAAUGAUGAAAAGAAAACCUGGUGGCAGCCGUGGGUGAAUCAUACUUCAAUGAUUCGGGGUGGGAGCUACUACCUCUUCGAGUCAGAUAGUGAGGAAGAAGAGGAACAAGGAAGUGCUGAACGGAAUGAGGAGGAAUCUCCAAAGAGGAAAACAGCAUUCCAGCUUGCAUACGAAGCCUGGAUGACCAGUUCAAAAUCAGCUCUAAGGAUGAGGAAGGAAGAUGAAAUGAGGGACCAACAGAAGAAAAAGGAGAAGGAAAAACAGCAAUACCCAGCUGCGGGUAGCACAGGUGCCAAUCAAAACCUGGGCGCCAGUGAAGAAAAUCUGGAGGAGCCAGAUACUAGAGCGGAUGAGUCAGAAAAUAUCAUGCAAAGAGGAAUCAACAUUGUUAAGUUCAUGUGGAUCUUUAGCCAAGCGUUGCUGGAUGACAUCACGGAAGCGCUGAAUGCCUUGUGUAAAGACACCCUGGACAUAGCAAACGUGAUGAGAAUUGAAAAGUGCAUGCUGAGGCGACAGAUGAGCAUGGGAAAGGAAGCCUCAGUAGAGGCUGUUCUUCACUAUUAUAACCCCAAGAAAAGUCAGCCAGUUGUCGGAGAAAGUAGAACUCACACAUUAUCGGAGGAUGAAAGCCAAGCCAAGAUACCUGAAUCCACAACCGAGGAGGAGAUUCAAAUGUCACCUGUGUACCUGGACUGCCGGAGACUCAACGAAGCCGCCGAAGACUCCGAGGGAGAGGAAAACACAGUGUUCCAUCAAGGCUCUCCCUGUGCAGAAUUUCCUGGCCAUUCUGUGCAGAAUUUGCCUUUAGGAACACAAGAACCUCCCAUUUCCCUACAUGUCAGAAUCACAGAGGCGGGCAAGCCCCUGAGCAGAGUUGCUGAUGUGCUGACUGCCAGUGCCCUGCUUCUGAACAGGACUUUUUAUGACACUGAGCUGGACCAAUCAGACAAAUUCUACCAGGGCCUCCCUCGUCUGCUGAAGCUGGGAGUUGCUUUGUAUCACACCAUGGUGUCCAAAUCAGAAAUGCUGUGCUACGCUGUGAUCAUUGUGAACCACAUGGUCUCGGCUUCUAUCCUCACUUUGAUCCUGCCUGUCCUGAUAUUCCUAUGGGCCAUGGUGUCCAUUCCAAGACCUACAAAAUUCUUCUGGAUGACAGCUAUCAUUUACACUGAGGUGAAUAUUGUGAUCAAAUAUUUCUUCCAGUUUGGCUUCUUUCCUUGGGCCACGAGGAUGUAUUGUGCGAUCAAUGCGGAAGUGCCUUUUGUUUUGCCAAAUAUUGCUGGGAUUGAGAAGAAGGAUGGCUACGUUCACUUUGAUCUGGUGCAGCUCUUGGCUUUGUUCUUCCACAGGUAUAACUUGAAGUGCCAUGGGCUUUGGGAUACCAGUGACAUCAACCCCUCAGACUCCAAGAAAAAAACCUCUACAAGGAGGCAUAAGGAGAGCAGAGGCCAUCCAAAGAAACCUCAGCCAGGACUAGAAACACAGCAACCUUUUAAACUUCCUCCUCCCAGGACCAUCUUCAAAAGGAAUGGCAAGAAGGAUAAUGAAGACGGACCUCUGAAAGAGGCCAAGAAGAAAUGGAAACUUUUGGAAAUGGGUCCUGCUGGCAGGGAAGGAUCGAAGAAGAGAAAACUGACAGUGCGGAAAGUUUACCAGCCCAUCAGACAAUUCUUCCAUGAUAUAAUCUAUCCGGAGUACAGCACUGUCUGUGAUGUUUAUGCUCUCAUGUUCCUAGCAGACGUGAUCAAUUUUAUUAUUGUCAUCUUUGGCUACUGGGCUUUUGGCAGGCAUUCAGCUGCUGCCGACAUAACAGAAUCCCUCUCCGAAGACCAAGUUCCGGAAGCUUUUCUUGUAAUGCUUCUGAUGCAGUUUGGUGCCAUGAUCAUUGACCGGGCAAUCUACCUGAGGAAGAACAUGUUUGGGAAGUGCGUUUUCCAGGUGGUCCUUGUCUUCGGCAUCCACUUUUGGAUGUUCUUCAUCUUGCCAGGAGUAACGGGAAGGAGGUUUAACAGGAACCCUGUGGCCCAGCUAUGGUACUUGGUCAAGUGUGUCUAUUUUGGCCUGUCUGCAUUUCAAAUCAAAUGUGGUUACCCUAAACGGGUUUUGGGCAACUUUCUUACCAAGAGUUACAACUGCAUGAAUCUCUUAUUAUUUCAAGGGUUUCGCCUGAUACCUUUCUUGACAGAGCUGAGGGCUGCCAUGGACUGGGUUUGGACGGACACAACUCUCAGCUUGUCCAGCUGGAUCUGUGUGGAGGAUAUCUAUGCUAAUAUUUUCAUCAUGAAAUGCUGGAGAGAAUCGGAGAAAAAGUAUCCCCAGCCUCCCGGCCAGAAGAAGAAACUGAUUGUGAAGUAUGGGAUGGGGGGUGUCAUUAUCUUCAUGCUGAUCUGCAUCAUAUGGUUCCCACUGCUUCUUAUGUCAUUGUUGAAAUCGGUGGCCGGGGUGACCAACCAGCCUCUAGAUGUGUCCAUUCAAAUCACCAUCAGUGGCUAUGAGUCCUUAUUUACCAUGAGUGCUCAGCAACAAAAUCUGGUCCCUUUUACUCCGGCAGCAUAUGACGACCUCACCGCUCAAUAUGCCCUCCAUCCUUCUGCCAUGCAAUUUAUAAUAAACUACAACCCAGAGGAUAUUGUGGUUGCUAAAAUCAAAGGCAAUGCCAGUCUGCUGUGGAACAUCAGUCCAGCAAGUCGGAAAGCCAUGAUCGCUGAACUUUCCAGUUCUCCUGCUAUCUAUGUCAACUUCCACUGGACGCUUCUCAGGAAUGUCUCCCUCGUGAAAAACAUCGAAGCUUCUGGCAUACGCACCGUGCGCUAUGAAGAUAAAGAAAUACGAGAAAAAAUAGUCCACAUGCUCUGCGGGAACAGGACAGAACCAGUUCUACUUCCAGGUGUCUUUCCAAAAUACCUGAGGGCUACCAGUGCUACAGAUGCUAAAAUUGCACAUCGGCUAAAAGUGGACUAUUCCAGCAAAGACGAAGACAAGAUGGCUUUCUACAGAAAUAUCUGCAUAAAACUUCAGCGGCUGCCUGCCAACAGCUCUUCAAGCCAUGCCCCUGAGUGGUGGAUCGUUCAGGAAGAGAGACCCAACUGUUUGGGUAACGGGUGCAGCAAAAAUAUGGAGCUCUAUAUCUUCAGUGAUAAAGUCAGCCCUUCCAGCCUGGGGUUCCUGGCAGCUCACGGGGAGCAGUUGAUGAGCGGAUACUGCUGGCUUAUCCCUUCCAAGCUGACAUCGUGGGUCUCUACAUGUCCCAUGUCUCCAGUCAUCGUGGAGUUCAUCCUGUUUUUCAAACGGACCUCGCGCUACCAUCCUGCCUUGGAAGAGAUGCCCAAAGUGGAUCGUAUCUCUGAAAGUCCUGCACCCAUGACCCUCCCAAAGUGGUAG